AUGUCGCGUUACGUCCCGCCUCAUCGGAAGGCGGAAGAUGGAUCGGAAGGGGAGAUGAGCGAUAUGGCCUCUGCGGCCUUUCAACAGGCGGCGUGGCAGGCCCUCCGACGCUCCAUUACGGGGAUUAUCAACCGGAUUAGCAGCGAGAACCUUUCGGAUUCGGCGACGCAGCUCUUCCGUGAGAAUCUCGUUCGCGGACGCGGUCUUCUCGCGCGUAGCCUCUUUCGCGCGCAGCAGGCCGAUCCCGAACUCACCCUGGUGCUCGCCUCGUUGGUGAGUCGAAUCAACAAGGAGUUCCCGCCCGUCGUCUUCUUGCUCUGUAAGCGCCUGGUGGUGCAAUGGAGGCGGACCUAUCUCCGAAAGGAUUGGCAAUCGCUUGAAAAUAUCAGCCGAUUCCUUGCCGGUCUGUAUGUUUUCCACGUCGUGGAGGUGGAUCUGAUUUACCAGAUUAUCUUGGAGCAUUUGGGCUCGGAAACCCGUAGUGAGGAGGAUAUUGAUCAGGCCGCUAAGCUCUUCCGUGCAACAUUCCGCGCGAUGUCCGAGCGUGCGCGGGCGGAGUUCCACGAGCAGGUGCUCACCCCCUUCCGUGAUUUUUUAGCCAUGGAUGAUGAUACCAUGCGUCUCUCCGCACGUGCCGAGGCGGUGCUGGAAAGCUGCCUUAAGGAGGUUCAGAAAUGGGAGCGACAAAAAGACGAAGUUAGCGUGAUCCCUGAGAACUUACUACUCUUCGAUAUUGACGAGCAAACCACUCAUUCGCUUAACUUGCAAGAAAAGUACGCCCCGGAGGAUCACCUGGAUCGCUACGCGUUCGAUCCGAAGUAUAUAGAGCACGAAGAAACGUACGAGAUCGCCCGCAAGGCGAUUCUCGGGGAGAACUGGGAAAUGGAGCUCCUGGAGCAGGUCGCGGCCGCCGAGGAAGAGGAUUCGCAAGCCGAAACAGACGGGGAGGAGGAAACCGGUGGGGGCGCGGAGGCUGGAAAAGGCGUUUCCCAAUCCAAAGAGGCUUCCCGUGAGGCCGCUGCGCAGCAGGCGCUCGACGCCUCGAAGCCGGCGAUCAGUCAUGAGCAACGACAACUUCGAAAGGAGGUGUACUUGGCGAUAUGCAGCAGCGUGCGCGCGGAUGAGGCGGUGCAUAAAAUUUUGAAGCAAAUGAAACCCGAAACAGAACGCAUAGUGUGUUUUAUGAUCAUCGAAGGUUGCUGUGAAGAGAAAUCUUACCGGAAGAUGUACGCGAUGUCGGCCGAGCGGUUAUGUAAGAGUAAGACGCAGUUUCAAGCCUUCUUUGUGGAAGCCUUCCGUGAGCGGUACCUCGGUGCGGGGGAUUUGACGUUAAAACAGAUCGAGUACACCUGCAAAAUUUACAGUCAUCUGUUGCGAACGGAUUCGCUCUACUGGAAUCGGUGCCUUGGGGUGAUGGAUAUCCUGCACAACAACGAAUCCCAGCGUUUGUUUAUCAAUUUUCUACUCCAAGGGCUUACGGAGGAGAUGGGGGGUGCCGCUCUGCGGGCGCGCCUGGAAACGGACUCUGAAUUGGCGUUUUACAUACGCAAACUAUUUCCUGUAGAGCAGGAUGCGGCCUCGUUGGAGGCGGCGAUUAAUCUUUACGCCGCGAUGGGGCUUGCGCAUCUCACGGCGCCUAUGCGUCUUGCAUUCGAAAAGCUACGCGAAUCGGGGCGAAAGCGUGCUAGAGUCGAGGAUGAUCGAGAAUACCUAUGA